UCCCUAUUUAUAAAUUACACUGAUCAGUUGCAGUUUCGCUUUCGCGCGCUCUUCCACUCUCGUCGGGACACCGCCGGCACUGGCCACUGCCAUUGUCCGCUAGUCACUGGUACUAUUCAAAAUCAAUUGCCGUUCCUGGAUUCUUCGGCGUCAUCCACCACCAUGCCGAUUUCCUCUACAAAUUUUCAUCUCUACUUUCUACUUUCACUUCUGAUCUCUCUUUCUCUUUUCCUCUUCUUAUGGCUUCUCCUUUUUCUUCCAUUUUCCUUAUCUUUGUUUCAAUAUUCGCCGCCUUCUCCACUUCUCGGUCGUCGACGAUCGGAGUCGGAUACAUUUCUCGCCUUCUUGAAAUUCAGGAUCGCGAGAGGGCGCCUGCAUAUGUCCAAGUUGCUGCGGCUCGGGGAGUUCUUCAUCGGCUUCUUCCUUCUCACCUCUCUAGCUUUGAUUUUCAAAUUGUCUCUAAGGAUAAAUGUGGUGGAGAAUCUUGCUUUGUGAUCAGGAACCACCGCGCGUUCAGGAAACCCGGGGAUCCUGAAAUUUUAAUCGCUGGGGUCACUGGAGUGGAGAUUUUAGCUGGCUUGCACUGGUAUCUUAAGAACUGGUGUGGUGCACACAUAUCUUGGGAUAAAACAGGUGGCUCACAACUAUUUUCUGUACCUAAGGCAGGCCUGUUGCCUCGUAUUCAAACAGACGAAAUUGUGAUUCAGAGGCCUGUUCCUUUGAACUACUAUCAAAAUGCAGUUACAUCAAGCUACUCUUUUGCCUGGUGGGACUGGAAAAGAUGGGAAAAGGAAAUAGACUGGAUGGCUCUUCAGGGUAUCAAUAUGCCUCUAGCAUUUACUGGGCAGGAGGCUAUCUGGCGGAAAGUAUUUCAUAAAUUUAACAUAAGCAACUCAGAUUUGGACGAUUUCUUUGGAGGUCCAGCAUUUCUUGCAUGGUCACGUAUGGGAAAUUUGCACAAAUGGGGUGGGCCACUGCCGCAAAGUUGGUUUGAUCAACAGCUUAUUCUGCAGAAAAAAGUUACUGGCAGAAUGUUUGAGCUAGGAAUGACUCCAGUUUUGCCAGCCUUUUCGGGUAAUAUUCCUGCUGCUUUCAAACACAUAUAUCCAUCAGCAAAGAUAACACGCUUGGGAAAUUGGUUUUCUGUUCACAGUGACCCUAGAUGGUGCUGCACUUACCUUCUUGAUGCCACAGACCCGUUAUUUGUCGAGAUUGGUAAAGCAUUUAUUGAGCAACAACAGAAAGAAUAUGGAAGAACUUCCCAUAUAUACAAUUGUGAUACCUUUGACGAGAACACUCCACCUGUUGAUGAGGUGGAAUACAUUUCUUCAUUAGGUGCAGCUAUUUUUGGAGGAAUGCAGGCUGGAGAUUCUAAUGCUGUCUGGCUAAUGCAGGGGUGGAUGUUUUCAUAUGAUCCAUUCUGGAGGCCUCCACAAAUGAAGGCCCUUUUACAUUCUGUGCCUCUGGGAAGGCUGGUAGUCCUUGAUCUGUAUGCUGAAGUGAAACCAGUCUGGAUAUCUUCUGAGCAAUUUUAUGGCACUCCUUACAUCUGGUGUAUGCUACAUAACUUUGCUGGAAAUGUUGAGAUGUAUGGCAUUUUAGAUUCAAUAGCAUCUGGACCAAUUGAAGCUCGUAGUAGUCCAUAUUCAACAAUGGUCGGUGUAGGAAUGUCCAUGGAAGGAAUUGAACAGAAUCCUGUUGUCUACGAUCUUAUGUCUGAAAUGGCUUUUCAGCACAACAAAGUUGAUGUCAAGAAAUGGCUUUAUCAGUAUUCAAUAAGGCGUUAUGGUCAUUUAGUCCCUUCAAUACAAGAUGCCUGGGAUGUAUUAUAUCACACCAUCUACAACUGCACUGAUGGAGCCAAUGACAAAAACAGGGAUGUAAUUGUGGCAUUUCCUGAUGUUGAUCCAUCGUCAAUCUUGGUAUUACCUGAGGGAUCUGAACGACAUGGGAACUUGGACUCACGCGUAGAUAGCCUUCGCCUUGGGGAUGCAAUGUUUGACCGACCUCAUCUUUGGUAUCCUACUUCUGAAGUAACUCGUGCACUAAAGCUUUUCAUUGCAGGUGGUGAUCAACUUUCUGGUAGCAACACUUACAGGUAUGACCUUGUGGAUUUGACCAGGCAAGCUCUAGCCAAAUACUCAAAUGAACUGUUCUUUAGAAUUGUCAAAGCAUAUCAGUUAUAUGAUGCACAAACAAUGGCCAACUUAAGCCAAGAGUUCCUUGAGCUUGUGAAUGAUAUCGACACAUUAUUGGCUUGUCACGAGGGAUUUCUUCUGGGACCUUGGCUACAAAGCGCCAAGCAACUCGCCCAAAUUGAAGAGGAGGAAAAACAGUAUGAAUGGAAUGCAAGAACUCAAAUAACCAUGUGGUUUGACAACACAGAGGAGGAAGCAAGUUUGCUUCGUGAUUAUGGAAAUAAAUACUGGAGUGGACUCUUGGGUGAUUACUACGGUCCUCGAGCUGCAAUAUACUUCAAGUUCUUGAAAGAAAGUUCAGAGAAUGGAUACAGAUUUCAAUUGAGUAAUUGGAGGAGAGAGUGGAUAAAGCUAACAAAUGAUUGGCAAAGCAGCAGGAAGGUUUACCCUGUGGAAAGCAAUGGAGAUGCACUUGACACAUCCCACUGUCUCUACUACAAAUACUUGCAAAGACUUGAAAGCUUUGAUCAAUGAAUCGGGCAAGAUUUCUGCAAGUAACUAAGAUCUAAAUGUUGCAUAAUGUUUAUUUUGCAUAUUUUACUAGUUCUCCCGUUUUCUAUUCCAUGUUUAAACUAGUAUUAUUUCACAGGUUAACGAUGGCCCUUUUUUUAAUACACAAAUAGUCUACGAUACUAUUUAUCUCGGUAAUGCAAACAAUCUCUUCUUGUCUCUUUGCAUUAGUAUCGUUGAGUCAUUUGAACAUAGUUUAGUGGAUAAGACACCAACUACUACUCAAAAGAUUGAUGACUCGAUCAUCUAUCUUGUAACUAUCAAACUAUGAUCCAAGUCCUUUAUUUUUA